AUGUCGCAACUACCCCUGGGGCUCAUCGCUUUUGGCCCCAGCGCCAAUUGCACCUUGGAGCUCUGUCCUUUGGAGGCCAGCAUUCUUCAGUACCAGCCAUCGAUCCCGGCGAAUUCCGUCGCAAUCGCCAUCUUCGGACUGUCCUUCAUCGUGAAUCUAGUUCAGGGUUGUUAUUACCGAACAUGGGGGUUUAUGGCGGGUUUGCUCAGUGGGUGCAUCUUGGAGAUUGUUGGGUAUAUCGGACGCAUCAUCAUCCACGACAAUCCGUUUGACUUCAAUGGUUUCAUCAUGCAGAUUAUCUGUAUCACAAUAGCACCUGUAUUCUUCUGUGCGGCAAUCUAUGUCCUCCUAUCUCGCGUAAUCAUACUGGUUGAUGAGCGACUGUCGCGUAUCCCGCCUCGCUUUCUAGGCUGGAUCUUCAUUACUUGUGAUAUUAUUUCGCUGGUUCUGCAAGCCGUCGGAGGCGCACUGUCUUGUAUUGGAGAUACGAAAGAUGACAUCCAGGUCGGCGUGGAUAUCUCCCUCGCAGGUCUGGUCUUCCAAGUCGUCACCUUGACGUUGUUUGGCUCUUUAUUCAUCGACUAUCUACUCUCCUGUCGCCGAUCCGGCAAACACUGGACGUUCAAACCCCGCUUAAGCUUCUUUCUCACGUUCCUGUGCCUGUCGAUGUUCCUGGUUCUGCUCCGGUGCGUCUAUCGUGUCGUUGAGUUACACGAGGGCUAUUUCAGCCACUACUUCCGAGACGAACCACUCUUUAUUGCGCUAGAAACGGCGAUCAUGUGCGCGGCCGCUCUGUGUCUCAAUGUCGGCCAUCCGGGCCUUGUUUUUGGUAAGUCAGGAGGUGAGCCGGCUAAAGAAGAAGAAGAAGCGGAGUACCGCAUGAUGAAGCUUGAUUCUAGAGGCGCUCAGUGAAGGUCGCUCUGGAUUCAGAUUGAUGCAGCUGGGUUUAGGCGUUCCUAGUAUGGCAAUUUGUGGAUAUCUUCUGGUUAGAUGCCAUUCUCAUAGAUCGCACGUUACAUGGAAUCACAACGAUUAUGUGUAGCACGCUGCUAACGUGCCGUCCUAAGAAGCCUGAAUGGGCGGUUAGGAAAGGUUGGUGCUCAAUUUUGUCCAGCGGUUGGGGAAGGGGGUCAAUCCACGCGCUGUAAC